AUGACUUUACCUCGGCAGGAUCAAGAAGCGCGUGGUGCCAAGAAAAAAGCUAUCAAAAACGCAGCAAGACAAACCAAGACGCAAGAAUGCAACAGUAACAUCAGGCCAAGACCGUCCUGCCCCCAAAAAGAGAACUGGCACGUCACUGGUGCCUACUCCAAGUCGGAACUCCAGCUCCACUGGCAAGUCAAACAGGACUGUGGCAUCAAGAAAGCUGUCAACACUGAGUCCAUUGAUACACUUAAAACUCGGUUAUGGUACUUACAUUGGGCACUGGCAGAGCAUCAUCACGACAUGGUGGAUAGCGACUCGGAUGAUGACUUGCUGGAAGCUCCACUGAUGGUUGAAGCGCAGUAUCGACGACCAGCAAAACUCUGCCAAACUUAUGCUAUGCAAGAUGUGGCAUUGCCUAAAGAUGAAGAUGAGCAGAGUGCUGACUCUGAUGCGAACGGUAAUGAGAGCAGUGCCACUGAUGGUGAGGAUGAAGAUUUGGCUGCGAUGAGGCUUUCAGAUGAGGUCGUGUCGGUCGUCACCAACAAGCAGCAGGUAGCAUCAAAAUCAUGUGGCACUUCAAAAGCCAAGUUGGCCCAAGAUCAUCACAAACAAGCGGUAGAGACUCCUACCUGGGCCAAUAUGGAUGUCGAAUGUGCAGUUUCAGAGUCCAUUAAAGAUUGCUCGACUGGUGGUGACUCAUCAGAAUUUCAACUUUCUGACAAUGAAGGCACUGCACCGACUCGGAAACUUACUUCUGACGCGAAGACUCAGAGUAUCGCCUUGCUCAUUAAAACAGAAAGUGGAAAGGUGAAAUUACUUGAUCAGAACUUAGAGACUCAUAGAGUUCUUCAGUCCACAAUUGUGGAAGUCAAGUGCCACCUUUAUUUCGCCAACGGCUAUCCUGAACUGGUCGACAAGAACCAAGUCGCACUGCAAGCAUUGAUAGUAGUCGCCAAAAAAUGUGGUGUGCAUUCAAUCAAAGAAUGUCUUCAAUCGGACGAACGGUAUGCGUCACAACUUGGUAGCUUGGUGGAUGCUCGUGUUCCAAUAUUGCGCUGUGAGCUGAAGGAAGACGCAUGUGCGCAUGCCGAUGGUUACUUUUGCCUUGGACACACCGAUACUGGGAAAGCUGCAGCGAGAAGGCUAUUGGAUAAGUUUGCAUAUAUAUACGCCUUGAAGUUUGAUAUCAAUAACGAGGCUUCGCCCAUUGGAAAGAAGCCCUACCAGGGUGAACUCUUAAUUUUCCUAAUAUAUCGGCAGCUCUUUCAUAGCUCGAAAUCCAUUGCCAUCAAAUUUGCGGAACGCUUCGUCGAAAUUGCCAACAACAAAGGCCAGCACCCCGAAGUCCCUAUCCCUUUGCUGGCAUUGGUUGCAACUGCAGUGUACACAGCCCUUCUGUGGAAGUCGCAAGGUUCAUCAUCAAAAUUCAACUUUACAGGAAAUUUAUUCAGCGAGACAUACAACUACCAUGUCAGGUUCCUGGAAAAACUGAAGAAGGACGCACCUGCAAAAUUCCACUGUAUGAUGGCCGACAUCUAUGAGGCUGCACAGAAGUUGCGAUACAGCGGCGCCACUACCGGUGGCCAUGCUGCUGAGCUCGAAGCAUUCGAGUUACUUGACCUUGACAAUAUGGAAGAAGACUGA